ACACAAUCUAUUUCUCUCUCGUACGACUCUCUUGUGUUGUUGAGUUUCCAAGGAAGAAGAAGAUGGAAACUAAAUCACUCAAGGUAGAAAUCAGUGGACACGCAACGCCUCAAGGUCUGUCCUUAGGGUUUUUAAACUCUGUCUUGAUUAGUCAAAGUUGGGUAAUCGAAGAAUUUUCGGUAGACGAGAAUGACGAUGGUAAUAUCACGAGUCUCGGCUCUUACGCCGAUGAUUCUUCUUCUUCUUCUCCCGACACGCUAUCCCUUCUCAGGUUCAAAGACUUGGAACCAACCACAGUUCAUCAACAAAUCAAGACUCGCUUCAACGACCCUGUCUUGUCUCGACUUAUCACCGAUCGGAUUGUUCUCGAAUCAUCCGGAAGAGGAAAAGACUUGCCACAAGGACCCUUGUUGAUCACGCUAUUCGUAAAAUUCACAAAGAAAGAGUACAUCGUCGUGCCUUGUACUUCUGCUUCUCUGACAACAAAAGUAGAAGGAACUUGUGCGGUCUGUCUAGAGGACAUGUCGGAGGAGGAGUCGGAACAGGCCCUAUGCCAACCGCCUGAUUGCGCACAUGUGUUCCAUGAAGAUUGCUUGAUCAAGUGGUUGAAUCGCCAUGACUCUUGCCCUCUCUGUCGCCAAUCCACAAACCCUUUACCCAACAACAACCCCAGUAAAGCUUUGGAGAAGUUAACAGAGGCUUAAACUAGGGUUUGGUUUCUUCAAGUAAUGAUUUUUAUUAAUCCGUCUGAUUAGGGUUUUAAAAUCACUUAUAGUUUGUGAUUUGGUUCGUGUAGGUUAAUUAGGGUUUCUCAUUGGUUUAUUCUAUGUAUCCACCUCGUUACUAUUUUUUUGUUUGUUGCCAACAAUGUAAUGUGUAAUGCAGUAG